AGUUCAGCUGCGAGCAACAAGGUAGAGAAGUUGUUGAAGCCACCAUGAAUGCCGAUCCGCCCAAGGAUGGCAGCGCCAAGAACGACGCCUCUCCCGAGCUGAUGGCCCUGGAGGAGGAGCCAGAGGAGGCAGCUCCAGCGCGACAGAAGGAGGAGGAGGAGACAACCAAGCCAAAGCCUCCGAUGGCUUCCAUUUGCAAGAUGUUUUCCAUGAUGAACUGCACUGAGGCUUUGGUCUUGUUGGUGGGCACGCUGGGCGCCGUGGGCAAUGGGGUCGCCCAGCCGUUGCUUUGCAUCGUCUUCGGUGACCUCAUCGACUCCAUGGGCACCAACACCGUG